ACGUGAUCACGAUGGAAAACUACCACAUUCUCGGUCGCAUUGGUGAAGGAGCUCACGGAAUUGUGUCUAAAGCUAAGCAUAUUGAGAGUGGAGAGCUUGUGGCGAUAAAGAAAAUCUCACUGAGACGCCUAGAAGAUGGAAUACCUAGUACGCUAAUGAGAGAGAUCAAAGCUCUGCAAGAAAUUGGCGAACAUCAACAUAUCGUCAAACUCUUAGAUGUCUUUCCUCAUGGCACUGGUUUUGUGCUCGUUUUUGAGUACAUGUUGUCAGAUUUAUCAGAAGUGAUGAGGAAUGUAGACAAACCACUCACAGAAGCACAAAUCAAGAGCUAUCUGUUGAUGCUAAUGAAAGGUGUUGCUCAUUGCCAUCAGAAUUCAAUUAUGCAUCGUGAUUUGAAACCAGCAAACUUGUUGAUAAGUUCAUCUGGUCAUUUGAAACUGGCUGACUUUGGUUUAGCACGAGUGUUCUCUAAUGAACAGGGUAGAUUGUAUAGCCAUCAGGUAGCCACAAGAUGGUAUCGAGCACCCGAACUUUUGUAUGGUGCAAGAGAAUAUGAUGCUGGUGUUGACCUUUGGGCUGUGGGAUGCAUUUUUGGAGAACUGUUGAACAACUCACCAAUCUUUUCAGGAGAGAACGACAUCAAUCAAUUAUUUUGUGUAUUGAGCAUUCUGGGUACUCCAACAGAAGACGUAUGGCCUGGUAUGACAGAUCUCCCAGAUUUCAACAAGAUUACAUUUCCUGAGAUGCUACCAAUCCCGCUCGAACAAAUUGUUCCUGAUGCUUCUCCUGAUGCGUUAGAUCUACUGAAACGAUUUCUGGUUUAUUCCUCAGCAAAAAGAAUAUCAGCAGCAGAGGCAUUGAUUCACCCAUAUUUCUUCACUGAGCCAUUGCCUGCUCAUCACUCUGAGUUGCCCAUACCAGCAAGGAAUGCACACAAAGUAUCUGCUGCUGGAAUAAGACCGGAUUUCGACGUUAGUGCUCCUGUGGAACGCUUGCUUGUUAAUCCUAAGGUCUUACGACCUCACGCAGCAAGGUUUGCAAACAUGGAAAGAAGUAGGGAAAAGUCAAUUAGUCAACAGGACAGUUCGUGAAAGGACAACACACAUUGAAUUUGUUUAAAAUUAGCGAUUUUUAAAUUUUAGAAUGAUAUUAUACAUGAAAGUAUAUUUUAUACAGUGUAUAGUUAUGAAUUGUAAGUAAA